AUGACCUCGAGUCGAGACAGAGACGCCGCCGACUCCCUACAGGCCACGUACAACAUAUUGAAGCAGAUUGCCAGGACAUUGUGGCGGGGUGAGCAUGAUCCUCAGUUGAGGGGCUUCUACGCUGAGCUUCAUGCGUAUUUCACCAUCAUUUAUCACCACCUCAAACGCAUCAGCAGCAGCCAUGUUACAAUCGAUAAUGAUGUCCAAAGUCAACUGUUGGACUGCAUAGAGUCUGUAUUUACACGGAAUUUUCUUCGACUAUCAUCUGACGCCAGAUUGCGACGCUUGGAUGAGCUUGGAGACGACAUCCAAGGCUUGGCAGACAAUGGAGCGAAGGCGGAGGCUCUUCAGCCGUAUCUGGAUUUUGGAGCGACGCAAACUGAACGUGACGACUUUCUGGAGUCGCUAAGCGGCCUCGAAAAGGAACUCGAAGCCCGAUACCCAGAGGACAUGUCACAGUGGGCCCCAGAGGACUUUGGCCCUUUAAUCAAGAUCAACGAACCAUCAUACGCAGUCUGGAGCGCCGCUCAGUCCAUCUUCAAAGCGCUGGUAGCCUGCAAAGACUGCGUCUGUACACCCACCCACGACUUCGGCGCUCGUCUCUGUCUGGGGACUCACCGGAAGCCUGAUUGUGAGGCUGAUGACCAAGUCGACUUUGACAUGUUUCUCUCCAUGAAGGAAGAUUGGCAUGAAGCACACAUCCAUACAGCAAAAGACAGAGCCGUCAAGAUUGUUGUGGAUCAAUCGCGACAGAGACAAAGGGCCCCGAGGAGCAUGGUGGUGAAGCAGCUUUGUGAGCCGAUUGCGAGAAUUGGUACCAUGGCGGGAUACCGGCUUCAGCUCAAAGUCACCAAAGAUCAGCUUUUCAAGCUGCAGUCGGAGAGGACUGCGUCCCUUGUUGACAAGACGAAACAUCCAGUCUCUUUGGACCAGUUCCUGAGAGACAGACCGCGCAACUUCACCGAGAGGACGAAACGAAUUUUGGCUGUCAUCCUAAGCUCGACUGUGUUCCACUUGCACAAUACCCCAUGGUUAGAACCGAGUUGGAAUUCUUCCAAUGUGCUAUUCUUCCAGACGUCCUCAUCAGCUGUCACGUUACGACCGUUCAUUCAGACCAAACUUUCACUUCUAGAUUUCUCGCCACCGCAUGAUGGCCGCGAACACAGCCCGGAUGCAACUGACUCGGAAGAUUUGGACCCUGAUGAUUUGGAUCCCGACGAUUUUGACCCAGAUGAUAUGGACCCAGAUGAUUGGCUGAUGCACCGGUGUCCGAUUCUCGUGACGCUUGCAAUGAUGCUGCUAGAGAUUUACUUUGCCACGCCCUUCGAUGUUCUAGCCAGACGGUGCAAGGUCGACCUAGGCGAUUCGCAGAGCAGCACAAAGCAUCUCGACGUCAGCGUAGUCUUUCAGGCAUGCAGGACAGAGAUCCCCGAGAAUUCCCAGUUUUAUGUCGCCGUGGGGAGCUGUCUAGACCCACAGGUGUGGGAGACUGAGAAUGGAGGCAGCCUCAGUAGCGACGAGUUGAGAUCCAGAAUCUACGAAAAGGUGGUCCUGCCGCUAGAGACUGAGUUGAGCCAGGCUUAUAGUUCGAUUUCGAUCAAUGACUUGGACAAGUUCGCCGAAACGUUGGACUUUGCGAGCUGGGAUCAGACCAUACAGACGUUGAAUCAACAAACGAAUGUUGAGGCCUCUCGACAGAACGAACUCGCCUUGGGGCUGGAGAGGAGUUGCAGCCUGUCCCCUAGCCUUGCAGCACCCUACCACCCUCCAAGUUCUGCGGAACAUCCAGGACUUUCAAACAGAAGGCUGUCGGACUUGGACCCCAGGGCCACAAUUUCCGCAUCAAACACCCCAAACCUGGUCCGCUUUCCUUCUGGUUCCGAUCCCGAAGCAUUGUGUGAUUCGACAGCCUCUCUGAGCUUAGAGUCGUACCCUCAGUGGAGAUAUACAGUCGGAAUUCUCUGCGCCCUCCCCAAAGAGCUUCUUGCCGUGCGAGCCCUAUUCGACACAAAGCACAGCAAGCCCAAGAACCUACGCGGAGACGUCAACAACUACGCACUGGGCACUAUCAGUGGCCACAUGGUCGUUGCCGCUUGCCUUCCAGCGGGAGAAUACGGGACCAACGCCGCAGCGGACUCGGCAUCCAAUAUGAGGCGGAGCUUUCCGAGCAUAACUUUCUGUCUUCUCGUUGGGAUAGGAGGCGGUGCUCCUACGCCACAGAGCGAUAUCCGGCUCGGUGAUGUGGUUGUGAGUCUUCCGACUGCGAGGUUCCCUGGCGUCAUACAAUAUGAUAGGGGGAAGGAAAUUGAGAACAGUACUUUUGAACUUACUGGAGCUCUUCAACCGCCUCCGAGACAGUUGAUGACUGCCAUCAGUUCUUUACGUUCAAACCCUGAUCUUCCUUCCGAUCCACUGCAACCAUUCCUGAAUGACGUUGUAAAUCGUGUACCGGACUCAUGGAAGCUAAAGUAUAUUCAUCCUGGACAAGAACACGACCGCCUGUUCUCGGUGGUAUGCUCUGCAUGCCAGGCUGGACAUUGCAGAGAUAUGAACAAUCACAUCCGAAAACGCCCACUUCGACCAACCAAACACCCCGAAAUACACUACGGCCUCAUCGCGUCAGCAAACCGUGUGCUCAAAGACGCAGCAGUGCGGGACCGUUGGGCGCAAGAACACGGUAUCUUGUGCUUUGAGAUGGAGGCAGCAGGGGUCAUGAAUACGUUCCCGUGCCUUGUUAUCCGCGGCAUCUGUGAUUAUGCGGACUCAUAUAAGAGCAAGGAGUGGCAGGAGUAUGCGGCAGCGACGGCGGCGGCGUAUGCAAAGUUGCUGCUCACAGAAGUGGCUGUUUGUGAUGACACGAGGAACGGGUUUUGGGAACAAGAGAGGACUUUGAUGGAGUUUCGGCCACCAGAACGGCCAAUCAGCAACGAGCAGAGAGUCUAA